CUACACUCCGAACCAAAAUGCCCACCACCAACGCCGAUCCGAACGACCGCUGCAAUACUCUAAAGCAGGAGCUCAAGCUGUGGGAGAAGGAUUUUGCUGCUGCACAUAAUGGCCGCAAAGCUGGCCGCCUGGACAUAAAAGCGAACGCGAGCAUUUCACAGAAAUACAAGGAGUAUAACAAGCUCCGAGAUGUUCUGGCGGGCAAGGCCGACCCACAAACGCCCUCGAAAGCCCCGCGAAAACGCAAAGCGAUUGACGGUGAUGUCCGAACUCCCUCGAAGCCGCUCUUCAAACCCGCUACCACCCCCGCAAGACACGAGCAAGUAGAGAAUGCAGACCCUGCGAAUGUCCCUGGAUCGGCCUCAAUCCUCUUCACGCCAGUACAUGUUCGUUCGAAGAUCGGACCUACCCCGCAGAAGGAUGGACUGGUUCUCGGUCUCUUCGAUCUGCUCCCCUCGGAAACACCGAUCAAAGCGCAAAGGACAGUUUUGGGUGACGUGGGAACAAACGUGAUGCAGACACCGAGUAAGAGCCACAGUGGAACCGAAGACGCGCUGUCGGUUGAGGAGCGGGCGCGAGGAAGCAGGACGCCACUUUCUGCAGGGAAGAGGUUCUUGCUAGACAAGUUCGCGACACCGAAGAAGCGGAAGCGGGAUGAGGAGGGCACGCCAUCUUCGACGAUGAAGCACUGCUCGACACCAAUGUUCCUGCGACGCGAUACUAGGCCGCUUGAUAUGAUUGCUGAGGAGGACGAAUCGACGCCGCGACCUGCGCCGUGGAAGCGGAGAGGACUUGGAAGGAGUCUGAGUAGUAUGAUACAGAAUCUGAAGAACCAGGAGAAGGAAAGAGUUGAGGAGGCGAAGAGGGAGGAAGAGGAGGCGGAGAGGCAAGAAGAGGACAGGCUAGAUGAAGAGUUAGAGAUGAUGCGGGAGAUGGAGAUGGAGGCUGCGGGUAUUUCAAUACCUAAAGCGAAACCUGCUCCGAAGGUUCUAGUCGAGGAUAGUCAGGUUCCCAUGAAGCUUGGCCCUGACGCAUUAGAAGAAUCGGAUCAAGAUGAGACACAGCAGGAACUAGGUGCACUAGAUAGGAACGGGAAUCCUCGUAAAGCGUACAAGAAGAGGGGACAGAAGCGGACCACGAGAAGAGUGAACAUGCGCCCAGUUGCUGCCAAACGCAAGUCCAAGUCUCCUGAACCGGCUGUGCAAGAUGACUCGGAUAGUCCAGAUGCCAUCACAGACACACAAACGAACGAGAGCCCAGAAAACAAGGGCUCUGCGGAUGAAUUCGGAGGAGAGUCGUCAGACGACGGCGGCGCCUCAGACUUCAGUAACGACUCUCAUACCCCUAAGAAGAGGAAGACUCGACACGCAAAGGCCAAGGAUCCACUGAAACCCAAAGCUAAGACAGAGACGAAAGCUGCUCCAGCCCAGAAGGGGACAAAUGCAGUCAGUAAAGCUGUCCGGAAAGCGGGCGCUACGAUGAAUGCGAAUUAUCGUAGGCUAAAGAUCAAGGGGAAGGACCAGCAAAAGGGAGGCAAAGGUUGUGGUUUGCCAUGGAUCUCGCUGGGCCAAAGGUCCGAGCGUUCGAGCAUCACUGCAUCGUUACCACCACGUCCGAUUCAAGCUCGAACAAACCCGCCCACAGCAACUUCAUCACAACCUCACUCCGUCUCGCACUCCUCUUCUACAACUGUGAACUCUCACCUCCCUCCGCCUACUCAACCGAAUCUCCUCGCACCCGCCGAAAUGGCCGACCACGAGCUCCGCGAGACGCUCAAGCAGCUCCACGGCUGCCUCCAAUCCCACAAAUACUCCUCGGCGCCAUCGCUGCUCUCGCGCGCCAAACUCGCCCUCCUGCACCUCAACGCCCUGAUCCCCGCGCCCACGACGCCGCGGCCGCACCUGCUUGCGGCCCGCGAAACCCUCGAGCUGGGCGCCCUGCUCAGCAUUCGGCUCAAGGACCCGGAGAGCUUCACGCGCUACUUCCAGCAGCUGCAGCCGUUCUACGCACUGCCCACCUCUGUGCUGCCGAAGGAUGGGGCGAGCCAGGCGAGCAAGAUCACGGGCCUGUAUCUGCUGCUGCUGCUGAGCGACGGCGACUACGCGGGGUUCCACACGACGCUGGAGGGGCUGGAGGUCGCGGCGGGGAUCCAGGGGGCCGCGGCUGGGGGCAAGGGCGGGAAGGGGCUAGAGGACGAUGUGUUUAUCCAGUAUCCGAUACGGCUAGAGCAGGCGCUGAUGGAGGGGAGCUAUGAUCGGGUUUGGGGGGAGACGAAGAGUGAGAGGGUGCCGGCGGAGGAGUUUGGGCUGUUUUCUGAGGUCCUCAUCGGCACAAUCCGCAAGGAAAUCGCCUCCUGCUCCGAGAAAGCCUAUCCAUCCAUCCCCGUUUCAGAUGCCAAGAGCCUCCUCUUCCUCGACAGCGAAGGCAGUGUAGUCAAGUUUGCGCAUGAGCUGGGCUGGGUAGUCAAAGACAGCCGGAUAUACUUCCCCCAGCAGGCCGAGGAGAUGCUAGGGCUGGAACGCGAUAUCCUCGUCACAAGCGACCAAGUUAUCGAGAAUACGCUAGGAUAUGCAAGGGAGCUGGAGACGAUCGUGUAGGGGGUUGGAGAGGGGAGAUGCUGCCGGUAAUGGAUGCAGUUGCUGUAACAUAGACAUGGCUCGGGAUGGCACUGGACAGCGGGCGUUACGGCCAAGCUUUAGAUGAAUCAAAAAGAACAUCUUGAACUCAACCC